AUGGCAAGCGGGCAAGAAUCCGCGGCGAACAAGUCAUCGGGCUCUUCCAAUCGCUAUACCAAUAAUAAUCAAGAAUUGUCGACUUCCAAAUCCUUGGCGCCAUCAGAUCGCCCAUCUUUCACCUUCAUCGAUCACGAUGAUGACUUGACGUCCAAGAGGAUCAAAGACGCCAAUGCCCGGAAGGCCAUCCGCUCGCAUGUUAUGCGAGAUGUGCGCCGUCGGGAGCGUCUCGCCGGACUGAAGAGAACCCCGAAACGGGAGGAUCGAGGAACUUCAGGAGCUUCAGGAACGAAGGCUGUUUCGAAACGGCAGAAGUCUACGGACGAGUCGAGGCAGCAUGAGCUGCCGUUCAGAGAGUCCUCCACGCAGGACGAGACAGAGUCGACGUCUGCCAUGGAUGUCGUCAACACGAGCCCCGGACAGUAUCCCGUUCUGUGGACAGGGCCUGAUACAAUGCCCAGCCGCGCCAUCAGCCCUCAGGCCAUUCCGAAGUCAUGGUUCUUUGAUCCGUUCUGUACCUUGCCUGGUGCAAGUGAAAUGCCAUCCGUGGUCGACCAUUUGAUUUCUCAUGUGGCGACUGUUUUCAUUCCGAUGACAUUCCCUGUUGAGCAUAAGGCACCAGGGGAGGUUCAGAUGUCACUCAUGGUGGCAUCCGCUCUCUCCGAUCCAGGCAGCUUUUUCGGCCUGAUGAGCAUGAGUGCUGCUCAUAGGGCCAUACUCGCGGGACGUCACGGGGAUCUAGUCGAUUCAUCAGAAGACGGAUACCGCGUCCUUCAUGAGCCCGAUUAUUAUAUUAUGAAAGCGAGAUGUAUCCGGGAAAUGAAUGCCAAAGUGCAGGAUCCUAAAAGAGCACUCAGCAAUGAGGCUUUUGAUACUAUCAUCAAUCUUUUGUGUGGCGCGUUGAUAGUGGGUCUCUUCGAUGAGGCCAGGGUACAUUUGAAAGGCCUACGAAGGAUGGUAGAAUUACGUGGAGGAAUCACCAAUAGCAGUUUGAAAAACGCCGCUGGGCUUGUGAGCGCUAUCCAGACAUGUGAUAUCAAAACAGCCAAUGGGCUCCAGAGCAAGCCCAUCUUUCCUUUGGCCUGGGUUCCCCAACCGUUGCCUCCCCGGGUCCUCCAGCGCAUCACUCCUCCGCCUGCAUCGCCACUGCAUCAACUCGGAACGAGACUCAUGGCAAAUAGCCUGCUAAGCUCGCCUUUGAAGAGGGCAUUACAAGGAUUGCAUACCAUGAUGUUCUUCGACGACUUCAAUCGCCGUGAUCCGCAAGGGCUAACUCAGGAAGAGCGGGAAUUAUUGCGCAUGUUGAUGUUUGAGACAGAGCACGAACUCGCAAGCUAUUAUUACCGUCCUCCUUCGAAAGGGGGGUUUGAAGGUGGGGCAGAGAAUCUCCAUCCCAUCGAAGUGGUCGCCCGCAUCUCCUCGACAUGUUUUAUCAAUCUUUUCUUUAUCGUGUCUCCCCCUUCCUCGGGAAUGGGACGAGCAUUGACCAACCAUCUGAAAAAUGCGAUCGACCGCUGCGUAACUACUGUCUUGCCUCAACUGCCAUCAGAAUGCUAUGAUCUGGUGGCAUGGGCCCUUCUCGUCGGUGCGCAUGGUGCCGCUGGACAGCCCGAGCGGCCAUGGUUUGUCCAACACCUCACCCAUAUCAUUGAGGUGCAAGGAUGGCGUAGAUGGGAAGACUUAUCGGGAAUCCUGACAGGAUAUUUCUACGCUCCAUCGCUACAUGAUAUGAUCUGGCAGCCUAUCUGGAGUGAAGCGAUGUCGUGGCUGGCUUCCUCUCAUAGGGCGUCAGAAGUAGUUGAAGGCUUCGAGCAAUUUUGA